AUGCCACCUCAUGUGCCCCGGAAGCGCAUGCGCGAAUCGUCGCCUGAUGAAACUACAAAGAGCAGCAAAAAGGGGAAGCCCAAUCCACGCACCUCACGCUCUGCUGGCCGUCGCAAAGCAUCCUUGUAUGAUGCGCUUGAUGCGACCUCCACACCCCAAUCAUCUAAAAACAACUUUUUAGACGGUAUAGAAGAGGGGAAAGACGAAAGUGAGAGCUCUUUGUCUUCGCUUUCAGAUGCCGAUUUCGAGGAUGUUCCAUCUGCAAAGGUCGAAAAGCCACCACCAGAGUCAGAUGAGGAAGAGGACAUCGAAUUCGAAGAUGUGGCUGCUCCAAAAGAUACCGCCUCCGACGUCCCAGUCGUUUCGGGUGACUUGGAGCUAACUCUGAACAGAGAUACCCGCAUCUCACUCGUGAAUGCGUACGGGGACAAGAAGGGGCCGACAAAGCGUGAGAAGAAGGUUCGCAUAGCUACCCACGGCCUUCACGUCUUGCUUCUGCUCUGGCACAAUGCGAUUCGCAACUCAUGGGUCUGCGAUGAAGAAGUCCAGGCUACUAUGAUCUCGCAUCUUCCACCUGGACUGUGGGCGGAAGUUGAUCGUUGGAGGAGGCAUAGCGGCCUUGAGAAACCACCACCAGUCAAACCUAUUUCCGCAAAGUCGAAGGGCAAGAAAAAGUCAAAGGGAAGAGCUUCUAAAGAAGGCAGCUCCCGAGACUGGGGUUCGGCUUCCGAGCGACUGGAGGAUGGAAAGGUUGAUAUGAGCCACGGCGAUCCGCUCUUCCGGUUGAUGCAGACCUUGGUCAGUUGGUGGAGGCAAAGGUUCCGCGCAUCGGCUCCUGGUCUUCGCAAAUGGGGUUACAUGUCUCUUGAACGUUUAGACCGUUUGACGAAAGCCCAUAAAGAGAAUUCAUCUGACCCUGAGCGCUUCGGUGAAAAGCUGUCGUCAAUCGAAGAAUUCCGAGAAUGUGCCCGAAACUGUCGCGGGAGUAGAGAUGUUGGGUCUCAAUUAUUCACUGCCCUUCUUCGAGGACUUGGACUUGAAGCACGCAUGGUUGCCAAUCUCCAGACACUCGGAUUUGGUUGGAGCAAGCUGGAAGAUGCAGAAUUAGAAGACGAGGAAGGGCCCAGCACUGAAAAUUCUUCGCCUAAAAAAGUUCCCAAAGUCAAGCCAACUAAAUCAAAGGCUACGGCCUCCAGGAGCGGCAGGGGUACCACUCGAGCACGAUCAAGCAAGAAGAAUCAGGCGAACCCCAUCGUCAUAGACGACUCUGAUGAACUCGAUCUAGAAUACAAGGACUCGGAUGACGAAUCAGUUAUGGAGCUGGAUAUCAGGCCUAAGGCGUCUAAGGUACCUUCCAAAAAAUAUGAUUCAGACCUUGAGUAUCCGCAUUAUUGGACAGAGGUACUUUCUCCAGUCACGAAUACUUAUUUACCAGUUGACCCGAUCGUGAAGAACAUUAUUGCAACAAACAGAGAUCUAAUAGAAACGCUUGAGCCUCGCGGAGCGAAGGCUGAGAAGGCUCGGCAGGUCAUGGCCUACAUUGUCGGUUUUUCACAGGAUGGAACCGCAAAAGAUGUGACAGUACGAUAUUUGAAGCGCCAAGUGUUGCCAGGUCGGACUAAGGGGGCGAGGAUGCCUCUAGAGAAGAUACCCAUCUACAACCGUCAUGGAAAGGUCAAGCGGUAUGAUCAUUAUGACUGGUUCAAGACGGCAAUGGCGGGGUACCGUCGAGGAAGCCGCCAAGCGCCCGUGACUGAAACGGACGAGUUGGAGGAUUCGACUGCUUUGCGGCCUGCAGAACCUGAGAAGAAACAAGUCAAGGAAGGUGCCGAGACCUUGCAGUAUUACAAACAAUCCAAGGAAUUCGUGCUACAGCGCCAUCUGAAGCGAGAGGAGGCUCUGAAGCCAGACUCCAAGCCUGUGAAAGUAUUCAAGAACAAGGCCAAAGGAGGCAAGAUGGAGGAAGAAGAUGUAUUUCUUCGUUCUGAUGUGAUCAACGUCAAGAGUGCCGAGACUUGGCACAAGCAAGGUCGAGCGCCUCUCCCGGGCGAGCUGCCUUUAAAACGAGUUCCCUACCGAGCGGCCACAAUCAAUCGUCGUCGAGAGCUUGAAGAAGCCGAAGCAAUGACGGGGAGGAAAGUUCUACAGGGCCUAUUCAGCAAAGAACAAACAGACUACAUUAUACCUCCACCGAUAAAGGAUGGCAUCAUCCCCAAGAACGAAUAUGGAAACAUUGAUCUUUUCGUUGAACAUAUGUGCCCGCAAGGGGCAGUACAUGUACCAUUUAGAGAAGCGAUCAAGGUCUGCAAAAAGAUCGGUAUUGACUAUGCCGAAGCUGUUGUGGAUUUUGAAUUCGGCCACCGCAUGGCAGUACCAGUAAUACAGGGCGUGGUUAUCGCGGAGGAGAACCAUGAGAUGCUCAUAGAAGAGUUGGAAAAGCACGAGAUCGAGCGUCAGCGAAAGGAGAACGAAAAACGUCGGAAGGCAGCCCUUGGAAAGUGGAGGAAGUUCCUCAUGGGUCUUCGAAUCGUCGAGCGGAUACGGCAAGAUUACGGAGAAAUCGACGAGAGCGUUUCGGUAUUUGGCCACAAUAAAGGGGGGCAGCCUGCGAAGGAAGCACAGUCAGGGCAGGAUGAGGAUAUGGCUGGUGGGUUUCUGCCUGAAGGGUACGAGGAGGACAUCGAGGACGAAGCAUCUUCGCACCAAGCGUCCAGUUUCUUCCCCACUGCUGCUGAGGAAGAAGAUGGCGGCGAGCAUGAUGGUUUGGUAAUGGAGAGCCACGUCGAAGAGGCAGUGUAA